GAAAGUCGGCCCGGGAUGGCAAGGGCCAAACGGCGCGUGCAUGCGCUGUCACAACGCGGGCGAAACGUCAGUGACGAGGUGCUAGACGUCAGUGCGCCAGCUGCCGGGGAGGGGACAGUUGUGGCGGGUGCGCUCGGCGGCGGAACCGGAACGCUCUUCGGGUCCAGAAGGCUGUUGACCUUGUUGUUUUGCGAACUUCAGGGCUCCCCUGCUCUUCCAAGACUCAGUCUUAAGUGGAGCCUGGGAACCGGCGAACGGUUCACGAUGAUCUGGGUGAAGAAGGCAAAGACUCUGCUGGAGGGGCUAACGCACUCAGGCAAAUUUAACUGUUUCGAUAGAAACUUGGAAAAGGUGACUCUUGUUUCUGCUGCCCCUGGGAAACUGGUUUGUGAAAUGAAAGUGGAAGAGCAGCAUGCCAAUAAAAUAGGCACUCUCCAUGGCGGCAUGACAGCCACCUUAGUGGAUGUCAUAUCAUCGCUUGCUCUGCUAUGCACAGAAAGGGGUAUAUCCGGAGUCAGUGUUGAUAUGAACAUAACGUACAUAUCACCUGCUAAAGUGGGAGAAGACAUACUGAUUACAGCACAUGUUUUGAAGGAAGGAAGAUCACUUUCAUUUGCUUCUGUGGAUCUGACGAACAAGGCCACGGGAAAAUUAAUAGCACAAGGCAGACAUACCAAACACAUGGGAAACAGACCAUUUGAAGGCUCCGUGAAGAAGUCCAACAAUGAGUGUCCAGAGUAAACCCGACUUGGACAAAUGUAAUUUUCAAAAUAGCACAACUAGAAGUAGCCAAGAAAUAGUCUUUGGGGAAAAUGCCAGAGAUCAAGUGGAAUACAGGACAGGGGGUUGUCUAUAUUCUUUGAUUUUGAGCCUCUUAAGUUUUAGUCUGUAAUCAUAUGUAAUACUUGGAUGAAAACACGCUUAGCUCAGUGUUUCGAAAACAGGUAAAGCAAAGCUCACAGGGCCAUUUAAGAUUACCUUAAAACUAAAACCUAGUAUUGAGGUAAAGGACACAUUAAUGAUUAAUCCUUAAACUGUAGGUCAUUCUUAGCUCUAAAAUGCUACAUUUUUUAAAAAACCCAAUUCCAAGAUUAUGGAACUUCAAAGUAGAUGAACCACAGGCCACACUGAAAAAUAAGAGUGAGCAGUCCUCAAUAAAGUUUAAGGCAAAGCAGAUUAGUGAUAAACAGCCCAGUGGGAUGAAUAGCCCAGUUCAUGAUUAGUGUAUUUUAUAGUGGUGGUAGUGGGGAGAGCACAGAAUUACCUUUUCCAGUACCUAGGAUAAAACCAUGCAGAUCUUCAAUCUCCUAAGACCAAGUUCACAAAUUGUUUAGUCAAUUUCUCAAAUUUCUGUCAACUGUGGUAUUUAUAAUUGGUUUCUGCAUCAGGGUCUUAGUUCUAAUAUUUCACAACUGAUGAUCAUAAAGAAAGGAAGUUUAGAAAACAGUUAACAGUUAAAGGUUGAUGAUCAUUUGGUUGUAUUAGAAUACAUUAUACACUUUGCUGAAGGGCAGAAGCAGACUUGAUAAUAGCAGUGAACAGAUAGGAAACCCAUCUAGUAUUGCCCAUUGGAGAAGUAUUGGAGAGUCCAUUGGAGAAAGCUGAUUUCAGAGCUGAGGGUGGGAUAGGGAAAUAACAAGAUGAACCUAUCUUGUAUUUCAAAGUCAGUAAGUGCUCAAUAAAACAAGGCGUGAAACAAGGCAUGAAAAACAAUCGCAGUGUAUGACGCAGAGAGCUCAAACCCAGUGCUCUGUGAUAACCUAGAGGGGUGGGAGGUGGGAGUUCAUGAGGGAGGGAACAUGUGUACCUAGGGGUGAUUCGUGCUAAUGUAUGGCAGAACCACACUAUUGUAAAGCAAUUAUCUUCCAAUUACAAAUAAACUAUAUAGCACUGAAAA